AUGGACUCUUUACGCCAGCGCGCCGUCUUACGAGCAGCUUCAUGCAUGCAGUAUUUUGAAGUCAUUCAGGAAGAGGACGAUGAAGAGGAGGGCAGCCAGCCAGAUCCUGCUCCGCGACUGCACAGUCGGCUCGAAGAGUGUGCGACAGCACCCGAGCAUGUCUCCCCAUCCGCUGUUGUGAUGCUCGUGAUAGGCGGUUUGGUUCCGGCGCUGCUUCCGGCUCUCGUCCGGCUUGUCAAUGGGUACAAGGCAUUGUGGAGUCAUGAUGGGGUUUGGCUUUGCCAGCGUGCUUAUCUUUUUAUGGCCUUCAUGACUUCAAUGCGGUUGAUCGGCUGCUGCUACGGACUUGUUGACGGCCUUGGCAGGUUGCAGCUUUCCACACUAGGAGCCUUUUACCUGGCUGCGCCACGCAAGCGUCGCGCAGUUCUGGCUGACACGUACAAGUCUCAGUUCAGAAAACUUGUCUUCGUGAAAACAUAUGAUGGUGAGGAGCCUGAGGAGCACUUGCCUCUCGUGCCUGAUCGCGAAACGUCCACAGCCUUGAAAGAUCGGGAAGGGGGCUUUGCGCGCUUCAGGUGUGUAUUCGAAGCAAAUGCGCGGCGAGGGAAGAGCAUCGUGUUUCACAGAAGAGCAUCACUGAAGAUGCCGAAGCAGCAGCGCGAGGCCAGCGAGGAAGAGACCGCGCAGCAGGGCACAAAUAACACGGUCAGCUAUUUGGCCGCUCGAAAGUUUGCUUGCUUUCAACUUCUGGCAAGAACAGACUGUUUGAAGCUCGAAGGGAAAUCGGAAGCAGUAAUGCUGAUCUUGUUUCUGGUCUUGAUCUUGGUUUCUGUCCUCCUCGUGUACUCAGUUGGGCUUACAGAUGGCCAACAUUAUAUUCCACUUUCCUUUGGAGCCUUGAUCGUCGUGGCUGUUCUGGCUACGAUGCUUUCCAUCGUGAACAACCUUGUGUGUCUGGAACAUUUGCUCCUUGCCGACACGCUCAAGAUCUUGCAAAGUUGGCGAGAGCGGUUGGAACAUUUACGGCAUGGAGUCACAAAGACAUUGUCCAAAAAGGACAACCGACAGGAAAUAACUUUCCUGGACAAUCACCUGAUCAGCAUGAUCGAUCCCGUCGCUGGCCUCAUCGACUACACCAAGAACUGGCAAAGGCCUGUCAGCAUCUUCGGCAUAACGGCAUCCAGUACUCGUCGCAACAGGGUGUUGCUAUCACUCCUGGCAUACUUUGCGGUACUUCUUUGGGAGAUCUUGAAGCAACAAGGUUGGUACAUAGCCCUGCAGCAAGAACUGGCGCAGAUUGCCGAUGCACGUGGUGUUCACUUGAGCUGA